AUGCACCAAGAUAAUAUGAAGAUUACUGGCUCACACAUGUCUGCUAGUACGCCAUCUCAAUGGCCAUUUUUGACUGGUGUUGAUGUUCGCUUCUUUAUGGAAGGUGAAGAACUAAUAUUAUGCCAGGGAAAUGUAUUUUCAUAUUAUUUCGGAUUGAUCGGACUUGUAAUGUGCUUGAUUUUGUACAAAUCUAGAAAUUAUUUGACAAAUAUGAUUUGGGUUGUUGGAUGGUGCUUCUCAUGCUUUCCAUUUUAUUUGAUACCACGAGUAAUGUUCCUUUAUCAUUACUUAAUACCAAUGAUGCUUGGUUGUUGUGCAUUUGGAGCAUCAUUAGAGCUGUUUCCUCCAAAAAUAAAAGGUAUUACUGCUUCUUGUGCAAUUAUCCUCACCGCGUUUGGAUUUUGGCUUUGGGUUCCUUUAGUCACAGGAAAGUAUAGAAGAGAUAAUGAAUUAAUGUUUUGGAACCCAAAGCGGCUGAAUGUGACUAGUAACAGCUCAAAUUCAUCACUUAGUUAG